AUGUGUUUUACACAAAAGUGCCCGAGGCCCGCGCGCGCCCGAGUCGCACUCCCCGGAGGCUUCGGGACGCCGGCCGGGCGCGGUCGCGCGGGGGCGGGGCUCGCGCAGACGUCGGCCCGGGGCGGGGCUGGGGAAUCGCGCAGGGGGCGGUGCGCGGUGACGUCGGGCGCCCGGGCGGAGCUGUGGCUGUGGUGGUGGUGGCGGCGGCGGCGGCGCCCGGCCGACAGCGGCAGCGGCAGCGGCAGCGGCAGUCCUGAGCAGGGUGAGACGGCCGCGGUGGCGGCAGCUCGGGGUCGGGCGGCGCCUGGAGCUUCCCGCCCGUCGCUGGCGCUGGGCCCCUCGGCUCUCCUCCGCCCGCUCCGCCUCACAGCCCUGGCUGGGUCCCGGCAGCGCGCCCCCGGGGAGUGCGGAGCCGUAGGUGGAGGAGUUACUGAUGGCCAUGGAGAAGGUAAAACAGGAGCUGGAGUCCAUGAAGGCGACGCUGUCCUGCACUCAGCAGUCACUGGCAGAGAAGGAAACUCAUGUGACCAACCUUCGGGCCGAGAGAAGAAAACACUUAGAGGAAGUUCUGGAGAUGAAGAGAUGCAUCGGAGAUUUGAGAAUGCCCCUGAUUCUGCCAAAACUAAAGCUCUGCAAACUGUUAUCGAAAUGAAGGAUUCAAAAAUUUCCUCUAUGGAGCGUGGGCUCCGAGACUUGGAAGAGGAGAUUCAGAUGCUGAAAUCGAACGGGGCUUUGAGUACUGAAGAACGAGAGGAAGAAAUGAGGCAAAUGGAGGUCUAUCGGAGCCAUUCUAAAUUUAUGAAAAACAAGGUCAUGAUUGGUCAGGUGAAGCAGGAGCUGUCCAGAAAGGACACAGAACUACUAGCCCUACAGACAAAGCUAGAAACACUCACCAACCAGUUCUCAGACAGCAAGCAACACACUGAAGUGCUGAAGGAGUCCUUGACUGCUAAGGAGCCUCGAGGGCUGCCAUCCUGCAGAACGAGGUAAAAGGAGGUGUGGGAUUUGCACGGAGCCCAUUCCUUGGCACCUAUUCUUGUGUGUUACCUGUGCACUUCUUGUUGUGUUGAGAUACGGGAGCUAUGAAUAAUGUUAGGAUGGAUUCUUUAGCGAUGUGGUCAGUUAUAGUACUAAACUAUAACCAUCUUGUUUCUAUUGUUCUUGUAUCUAACAAAUUAAACCGGUGCAGUUAA